AUGUUAGCCGCAUUGUUCUCCAUUGGAUCAUCAAAGUCAAUUUCCGAUGUUUUAUUGGGAAGAUGGUCAGGAGGCACAGUUUUUUCAACUGGCACUCCCCAAUUCCAAAAUUUAGAUUUCAAUCUAACUUAUCAAUCAAUCAAGAAUUACAUUAUUACUGAAUACGAAGGAAACCCACUAUACAUCAAUUUAAGUUUCGUUGACUUAUCUGGAAAUAUUACAUAUGACGAAAAAAUUUACGAUUUCAAUUUGACACAAACAUCACCACCUCUUAUUUCUUCUGAUAUUCAAGUAGGUGAUCACAAAGUUCAUGUUUCAUUUUGCUCACAUACAGUUAUCAAAAUUUUAAUUUUAUACCCAGAUGGAAAUUCCGAAACAGUUAUUAUAAAGAAGCCCAAAGAAAGUAUAAUUUUCCAAUCCAUGUGGUUUAUAAUCAUGUCUGUUGGUGGCGUUAUUGUUUACCAACUUUAUUCAUUAUUCCAAUAUUACAUGAACAGAAAGAGAGCUCAGCUUGCAGCCAGUGUUGAAGAAGCUAAAGCUAAGCCUAAAGAAACAAACGAAAAAGAAAAUGAAGAAGAAGACUACGAUGAAGAAGAGGAAGAAGAAGAAACCAACGAAGAAAAGAAAGAAGAGGAGAAUGUUGCUGAUGAAAAGAAAGAUGACGAUAAUGUUGUUAAGAGAUCAACAAAACAUUAA